CUAUUAUAAACAAAAUUUGUAUGUUUUUUAACAAUGAACCACAACCAUCUAUUUUGUAGAUUUAGCAAAACAACCUGAACUUGAACCCAAGAAUCUGUCCAAUGUGAUGGAGGAACGUACAGUGAAUCUGAGCUGCUCUGCUGAAGCCCCCUGCCCAAAACAACCUCCGACAAUAUCCUGGUCUUACAUUCCUAGAUCUGCCAACAUCACAACACAGUUACUGGAAAACCCCGAUAAAACACAAUCAGUGUUUUCACUCAUGACCUUCAAAGCUUCAUACAACGACCACAGAAAGAACAUCUCCUGCAUUGUUACUUAUCCAAGAAAUGAAUCUAAAAACUUAACUGUGAUGACCAAUGUGAUGCUACUAGUCCAGUGUAAGAGAUAUGAAGUGCUUUCUCAAACUCCUGGCAUGAAAUAAAUAUGAAUAUAAAAUAAUAAAUCUCUUUAUUCACGAUUAAGCUUUAGUGUGAAGUAUAAUGUGUGCUUCUAUUUCUGUCAAAGUUCCUCCAAAAGAAACUCACAUCAUCAUCAGUCCAUCUGCUUCAUUCUCUGCUGGCACCAAUGUGACUUUGACCUGCAGUAGCAAAGCCAGUCCAUCAAAUGUGAAUUACACCUGGUACAAACAUGAAGAGAAGAGACCUGUAGCUAUAGGAGAACACAUUACUUUCAUCGUUACUUCCAUUAUUACUGGACGGUAUUACUGCACAGCACAGAAUAAACAUGGCAGUCAGUUAUCAGAAGAGAUCCAACUCACUGUAAAAGGACAAAAUGAACUCACCAUAUCUGUGACUGCAGCUUGUGUUGGAGGAACUGUGGCAGUGCUGAUGCUCUCUGCUGUUGGUUUUUAUACAAAGUAA